AAGACGGUGUAAUAAUGCUGAUGGCGCAUACGGCGUGGAAAACGAUGUUGCUUUCAAAAUGUCGUCAACCUCGGACGUGCGUUCCUCCGCUCUCCAGGUCAGCCGCUCUCCAGGCCAUCUCGAAGGACAACGCAAAAAGGCGACGCGCGUUUAAGCGAGGAGGCUAAGGAAGAUGCUCCGGUGUUGUUGAACAGCUCGCUCAUACUCGUGGGGCGACCGGCGCAAGCAUCGCUCAACGCGCCAUGCGAGUCGUGGCACACGACAGCAGCGUGGGCGUUUCAAUUGAAUUUCCGCGCCGAUUAAAUACUUCUCAAUAAAUCUAUUUUUUUGUUUAAAAAAAAGCACCCCCGUCCGCUCUUAAUAACCCUCGUGGCGAACUUUCACCGUGACAUGUACAACAACACCAGCAAUCCCUGCGCGGCGCUCUAUCACGGAUACAACUGCACGGGUCCCAGCCUACCGCCGACGAAUCUCUGCGCCGUGGUGGUCCUGCUGUCCUCGUUCAUCGCGGCCACGGUGCUGGGCAACCUUCUCAUCAUCUGCUCCAUCGCAUUCUUCAAGCAGCUGCAGACCUUCCCGACGACGCUCGCGCUGUCCCUGGCGCUCUCCGACUUUCUCGUGGGUCUGGUCAUCAUGCCGUUCGCCGUCAUGAAGACCGCCUACCGCUGCUGGUUCUGCGCCAGCGCCUUCUGCAACGCGCACCACUUCCUCGACUACAUGUUCACCAACUCGUCCAUCUUCCACAUCACCUGCAUCGCCUUCGAGCGCUACGUCGCCAUCAGCGACCCCCUGCGCUACCGCGCCAGGGUCACCAGGAAGACGAUGGCGGCGAUGCUGCUGCUGUGUUGGCUCGGAUCGGCGCUCUUCUCGUCGCCCAGCCUCGUGAGCUUGAUGAGCAAGUCCGCGUCCGGGGGGCUCAUCCAACGGGUCCGCUGCCCCAACGACUGCGUGUUCUCCGUCUACAUCGGCAUCCAGGCGGUGAUCGGCAUCUCGCCUUAUUUCAUUUCCCUCGUCGUCAUCGUCCUGGUGUACGGCAGGAUCUACUCCAUCGCCAGGAGGCAGGCGCAGAAGAUCAACUCGGAGGGGUCGAGACGCAGGGGGCAGGAUGCUGCGGCGGCGUCGGCGGCGUGCACCGACGCCCUGCAUAAGUGGAAGGCCAUGAGGAGGGAGCACAACGCCACCAAGACGUUGGGAGUCAUCAUCUUUUUCUUCCUGCUGUCCUGGCUGCCCUACAACGUGACGGUCAUCGUCUUCGAGUUUGUUGCUUACGCCUCGGACGUGUACCAGGUCACGCUGUGGAUCGGCUACAUCAGCUCGGCGUUCAACCCCAUCCUCUACGCGUGCUUCAACCGUCCCUUCAGAACCGCCUUCCACAGAAUAUUGCGCCUGAAAGUCUUCACGUUGGCCGACCGGGAUUUCGCAUUUUCCACCGCUCAGGAUGGAGGACACUGAGUAGUGUCCACAAUCGAGAUGUGUCGGGUUUGCUCGCGUAAAUAUAAACGCGUCGUGAAACCCGCCACCACCCGACGAAGCCAAUUAGCAAGGUUUGUCGCAGAAAACAAAACGCGCCAAUUCGUUAGUAG